UGAUCAGUAUCACUGACUACUGAGUUAAAUUUAAUACAGAUUCAAAACUUUUUUUGUGAAGAUGUCUUGCGGUGGCAACUGCAACUGUGGCUCUAGCUGCACCUGCGGCAAUGGCUGCGGAAAAAUGUAUGCUGAUGUGGAAAAGGUCACAACUGCGACCGUCAUCAUCGAGGGAGUUGCACCAAAAAAGACAUACUCUGAUGAGUAUGCUGAGAAAAGCUUUGGAGCUGAAGGAGGUCAUGGCUGCAAGUGUGGUGCAAACUGCAAAUGUGACCCUUGUACCUGUUGAAGACAAAGCUAGUUCAACUCCCCAAAAGCAGCUUUCUCUUCACUUGUUAUAGAAAAAAUCACUGGGGGGAAGAAUUAAGAAGUACUUUUGAUUUGGUUUCAUGCUUGUAAUAUAUAAUAAGAUGGUCAUGGCUUCUGCAAAUCUAUGUACUAGAUUUGUUAGCUAAUUAUGUCUUAUGUUCUCUUGUGUUGUCCUUUGUGAGUUGCAACCAUCCUUGCUUGUAUCAGUUCACUGAUAUGCAAUGCUUAUUGAAGAAAGAAAUGUUUGUUGUCAUGUA